CACCUUGAACCCAGCCCUCAUCGUACACCCAGCGCCGCGGUCUACUCUACAUGCCAGCCCUUGCUACGAGAUCCGAUGCUCUAGUACCGUUCUAUCUUUCUGGGCAAGCCGCGCCCUCUCACCCUGAACAUCCCGAACCUGACCCCGACUGAUUAAAAGGACCCCGGCCUCUGCAUACUUCACGGAACCAUUUUUCUGCGCACUGAAUAGGGGGACCGCUUGCAUCCGUCAACGAUUUGUCUCGACGGGCACCUUGUACUCUCUUGACGACACUCACCUCGAACCAGCCGUCCAGCUCAAGACUCAGUCAUGGUUCCUCCUACGAACACCCACGAUACUGAGCCCGAGCCCGAAAUCGAAUGGGGCCCUCCUUCGGCCUGGCUUCCCGACCCUCGCACGGGCAGGAUGCGCGAGUACACACACGCUGAGGUCCUUGCUGCGCUACUUGCAGGAGAUCCCGAGGAGGAACGGAGGGAACGAGAGGAGGCCGAGUGGCUGGAGAGCGAGGAGGUCGCACGGAUGGAGCGCGAGGAAGCUCAGCGUCGGGAACGCGAGUCAGCCGAGCGGGAAGCGCGCGAGCAAGAGCAGCGGUCCAGUUCGGGAACACGCAGGAAGCGCGGGCACACGCAUGCGGCCCAGAUGUUGGCUGCGCUCCUCGGCGACUCUGAGCGGGAAGCAAGGGAGCCCAAGCAGGAGCAGUCUAAGGGGCGCGAUCAUGCUCAGCGAGGAGACCACACCACAGCCAAGCCGAGGGCACGCGAGCGUGGGCAGCAGCCCAAUGAUCCGCCGCCGGGAGCGAAGAAGAAGCGCGGACGCACGCACGCGCACAUGCUGGCUGCGCUUCUCGGCGACCCCGACGAGGAACGAAGGGAUCGAGAGCAGGCCGAGCGCAGGGAGCGCGAACAGGCUCAGCGUCGGGAGCACGAGAACGGCGAGCGGAGGGCCCGCGAACAAGCGCAGGAGGACCAGAAUUACGCCACCGACACUGAUGACGACUGUGGGCCGAUCUCCUUCGCCGGCGGACCAAUGCUCGAAGGGAUGGGUCUCCCGACGCUGGACGAGGCUAUGGAGAAGCUGGAGUUGCGGGCGAAGAGGCAGGAGGAGAAAGAUGCGGCGAAGAAGAGGGAGGAGGAAGAAGCCGCCCGAGUCAAACAGAAGGGCACGGCCGCAAAACAAGAGGCGGAGGUGGCGAAGCAGGGAAUGAAAGCGGCGAAGGAGGAGGCGGUGAAGAAGGAGGGAACCGCGAAGGAGAAGGCAUCGUCGGUGAAUCAUGCGAGGGAUCACGAGGAUAUGGGGGAAAAACGUAGGAUGCCUGACUGCCGUUGCGCUCGGUGCGAUCCCUGCGAUUGUAAAGACUGCCAUCAUGCGCAUUACCCUACGUAUCGUCGUAAAGGUCUAGGGAAGUAGUAGCUGCGAAUAACUCUCCCAAAUGUACUUGUACGUCGCCGCCUUGCAAUCGCUGAGGGUAUCCGCAGUUCUUGUUGUUGACUGUCAAGCCGC